AUGUUCUCUAAGUUUCUCAUUCUGACUGGCAUCACCCAAGUUCUGUUGGUGGAUGCUGCUUACUACCCACCAGGAUGUGGUCCAUGGCCAGCAGGUGUUCCUGAGGUAGUGAAUGGCGUAAAGAGACCACCAUAUCGGUGUGGGGGUGGUCCAGCAUGGCCUCCGGAGCAGCCAGCGCCGAUCUCCGUCACAGUCACUGUGACAUCCACAACCACAGUACAACUUGCACCAAAGACUGUCACGGAGACUACAGAAGCUCCUCCAAAGACCAAGACUUUAACUGAAUUUGAAGAACUUCCUCCCAAGACACGCACCAUCAUUGAGACGGAAACACUUCCAGCCCAGACCAAAACCGUCAUCGAAACCGAAACUUUACCAGCAAAGACCAAGACUGUUACGGAAACGGAGCAGCUCCCAGCAAAGACGAAGACUUUCACAGAGACUGAAACAGAGACAUUGCCAGCCAAAACACUCACAGAGACAGAAACUUUGCCAGCUAAGACUGUCUAUCAAGUCGCUCCGACCGAACUUGCUCAUGCAGCAGCGAACCAGUGUGCUUCUUGGUUCAGUGAUGGCUCUCGACCUGUACCGGUAUUUGAUCUUGAUGGGCAGCCUCAGUGUUGUCUGCCACAUCCUGACUCGUACUCGAAAAUAUAUGGCGACUGCCAUGUGGGACCGAGAAUUUGA